UGCAUCUCUGGCUGUGGCCUCGCCACAACACACCGCACAUGCUUUAACCCAGCGAUUGUGAGCGGGACGCCGCGCCAGUUCAACAACACACCGUCGCUUGGCACCUUAAGCGGCAUAUCUGCCGUGUUCACUCGUUAUGCCCGUUAUGCCCGUCACACCGGAGCCGGCCUCCUCCGGCAUGGUUGGCCUCAACCCAAGCCAAGCGUCUCACGAACGGAGGGCACGGCCGCCGCAUAUCCACACCGUCGCCGGAGAGCCAGUCAGAAUUCCCCUGCGGGCCGAGUCAGAGGACAAGGCACGCAAGAGGGAAUCGAGACUGGGGUUGAGGAACAUCUUCGGUCGGCAUAGGGAAGGGUCUGAUGCUGACAAGCGCCCCGUUUCGCCGCCGGAUGUCUCGCAAAAACCUGGGGGUUUACGCGCCUCGUUGGCAGAGAUCGCUUGGCCUUACGGUCUACAUCACGCACAGGGGCACCGAUCCGAGAUCUCGCUGCCGUCCUUCUCCAAGGCUACAUCCUCAGGCCCCAGCUUGAAGCACAAGAAAUCCGAAAGCGGCGUCCGGCCAACGGCCAAUCCUGACGGAAUCGCAGCCUGGAGCCCGCCCCCCUUGUUCCAAGCCUACCCACAGGCAAUCAAAUACGCCCAUCUUCCCGCAUGCACCGCCUCCGCUGAUGUCAUACUCCGGCUACACCACCACAAGAGCAGCGGCUCGCUCGGGGCACUUUUGAGUCCCAGUACCGUCGACACGCCCGGAGAAACAGGGGAUGACAAGCCGAAACGGAGGCAUCGCAGGAACGCAUCCGGUUCUGCGACCAAGUUCGAGUGGACAUCUAAGGUCUUUAUACUCGUCACUUCGGGAUAUCUGCUGCAGUACGCGGGGGAAGGAUCGUAUGACCGGUUGCCAGAGAGAGUCCUCCAACUAGGGAAGGAUUCGGCGGCCUUCGCGAGUGACGCUAUCCCUGGGCGCCACUGGGUUCUUCAGGUGUCAUCGGUCGCGGAGCCCGACGGCGCUGCUGGCUCACAUUCCUCGCUCCGCGCGCGGCUCCCCUUCCGCGGCCAAGAGAGACGCCACUCGCCGACGUUUUUGAUGGUCUUCGAGAGCGCCGAGGAAAUGGAAAGCUGGAUUACAAUUCUCCGGCGGGAAAUCGAGGCGCUUGGUGGAAGGAAGGUCCUGUCGGAAACAGGCAAGCCCAUGACCGAGAACCGAGAUCAGCAUCUGAGGAGCCAGGCCAGCCAGAGAACCUUGAUCGUCAAAGAUCCCGAUCGAUUCUCACGCGCCAUGACGCCCGAUCAGUCUUGGGAGCAGAAUCUAGCCCUGUCAAGCCCGGACGUCCAUCUCGGCUCCGCGCAGGAGGAUCUGAUCCGGGAUCAGUCGUGCGAUGACAACUCGACUGCGAGUUUCAUCUCGCAUGACGGGAGACAGCUUGACGCCCUAAGGGAUAGUACCAACCGCUUUUCAUUCAUCUCGUCAGGCCAGCGGACUAUGGUCACCUCGGUCGGUUCGUCUCCGGCAUGCUCUCCUGUCCGAGACUCGUUUGGGGAGUUUGAUCUGCCCAUGCAGCAACCCCCGCGAUCAGAGGAAGCGCCGCAGCCAAGGCUGAGGCCAAACGCGAAGGCCAUCAUCGAUCGAAGACGGUCUCUUCAGGCCGUGAACCACGUCUUUGAGAUGCGGGUUGCUGCCCAAUCAUUCCGGCCCUUCUCGACGUAUUCAAACUCUGGCCAGCCAGAAGCUCCUGCAUCGCAGUCCGCGGCGAACUUCAACACGGCUCAAGGCGCAGCUAAAAGGCAUUCUCUUGCCAGGCCUCCCCCGGGAAUGCCAACGGAAACCACAGCGUCGCCUUUGCUAGGGCGGAUGAGCGCCCGGAGACCGCCACCGUCAGCCUUGGCCAUCAAUCCGCGCCCGUUGUCCUUAGUUGAGGACCAACCCUCACCCGCCUCGUCAUCAUUGAGCCGGUUUGGGACGGGAACGGAAGGUAGUGGGAGCCCUCGGUCAGCAAUCCCCCUUACACCAUCUGUAACAUCGCCGCGGCCGGGCGAGCGUGAGGUUACAGGGCGUGAGACAUCUGCUGGCGCGACUCGGGACUCCGGUGUAUCGACAGAAGCGAGCGCUCCGGAGAUUGUGGUACACGAGGAUCAGAGAGCUUCGAACGAACCGCUGAAAGGGAGGUCAGAGGGACAGAGCACCUUUGCGCCACCCGAGGUCUUGCAUCCCCUCGACAUGCCGCGGUCUAGGUUGUCGCUCGGCGCGUACGAGACAACUCGGCCAGCGGCACAGGCCGAGAUGCGAGCGCGGAGGCUGAGUUUCACCCCGCCCCAGCAAGCCGAGAGGCCUGCGUUGCGGCUGUCCCCCCGGCCUGAUCCUGUCCGGCGAGCUCAUACGCCGUCCCCGAUACCGGCGCCGGAGUCAUCCCAGGGCCUCGGGCUCGAUUCGCCAUCGCAGUCGCUCUUACAGCGGCGGGGCAUGUCGCAAGUGGCGGAAGGCCCUCCGCCUGCUCCUCCGCCGAAUAGAGCUCUCCCUCCCAUACCUCGAACUGCGAGGGUGAAAGUUUUUCCGCCGCCGGGAUUCAUAUGAAGGGCACAAAACCUCGGCAGUGUUGAUGCUUUGCCCAGUGUAAGAGAAGGGCGCGAUGCACGAACUUCGGCCGAGGAACAAAAGCAAACGCUCGGGACUGGCCGGAGCUACCGCCCCUCACGACGCUACCAGCAACCACCGAGGCUUCCGCACCUUUUUUAAAACGGCUCUCGACACAGACGCCGCUGCCCCUUUCACUCAUUUGCCUGCUCACAGCAGGAAUCCUCAUGAUCGAAGUGCUACUUGGAAUUGUGGCGGGAAUAUGUAAUGAGGGGAACUA